AAUCAGUGCCGUGUCGUACAAGGAAGUACGAGUACCGUAGCGUUCAGUACGUACAGUUACAAUCGUGAAAAAUAUGAGGAUCCACACAAACGGAAUUUUUCAUUCCAAAUAGAAAGGCAUUGAUAUCGGCUGGAGAGUCAGGUGAACCAGAAUGACGCAGUCCCAACCAGAGCACAUGAUAGUGGAUGAUUGCGAUGGGUCUCUCCAACAACAAAGCCUUGUGCGACGCUUUCCUAGAGUUGGCGCCCAGUUCCAAACAAGGAUCUCCAAGUCGACGGGACCAAUCGUUCGUCCUACCCCUGAUCGAAUGUCGGUGAAUUUUCCAUUUCUUUCAGAAGAGGAAGCCAAAAAGCGAAAUCGUCUGUGCGGUAAUGGUAUGUUAGUUUAUCUACUUUGUCCUUUUUGAUAYGCAUGGUUAAAAUCUGCUCGCAAGCCAUGGGGCGAUCUCCGAGGUGGAUAUUUCGGUAGAGAAUACAAGAAGUAAAUGAUGACGAAUGAAGCACUGCACCCGUUAGAGUCUUUAAAUUGCUCUCAUGAGAUAAUAUUCCAGGUUUUGCACUUCGCCAUAGAKGCUCAUUCACGAAACCGAAUUUCAUCCCAGGUGUUUGCAACCAGGUCUUUCAAACUAAGUUGUAUCAUCUCAUCAUUACAUCUUUGUCUCCCUUUUUUUCAUCGUUGUUUGAUUUUGCUUCAUUGAUUGGAAGCGUUGGCACCACUUGGUUCCACCGAGGGCGAAACUCUAAGAAAUCUGAAUCUGAAGUUUUCUAUACGAAAAAGCAAUCGAGGUGGUUCGCUUAUUCACUCAUCGGUAAAGGAUAAGGCAGAMUUUUUGAACUUCGUUCGACCUUUCAUAGGUUCAAUAUCAAAUCACGUUAGACCACAGAUCACAAAUGAAGCUUGGGUCCAACAYAUGAUACACCUGCACAGUACAGGAUCGAUAGGAAAGAGAGGCCGCUCUUCUCGUGGUGUUGUGAAACGGAAAAGGCCGGAAAAUGAAGAAUUGGUAUGGAACUUGGAGAAGAUUCUUGAACGUCUCAACAAAAGGGCAAGGGGUCAUGUAGAUUGUGAUAUCCUAGGGGAAGAACAAGCUGUGGCUCUAGAACACCUGAGGCUCUGCUACGAUGGAAACAUUGAAGCUGCUGAGUUCAACACACUAAUAAAACUCUCGGGAGGGCAAGGUAAGUGGAAUGCUCUUACGAACACACAAUUCAAAACAUCAUUUAGAAGCAUCAUGUUGUCCUAACCAGGUCUUUUUCACUCAUAAUAGCUUGGAAAAUGCGGAAGCGCGAGGAAAAGGAGCGUACAAAACGAAAAUCAAAAACACCUUCGCAACAGACGUCAGAGUCCUGGCGGGAUAUGUACGAGUUUUCCACUUUGCCGUAUGUGCGAACAAUGCUAGGACAAGUGCAAGACGAUACAGGGACUUUUUACACCGUGAAAACAAAAAUGUCCCGAAUGCAUGAAAAUCAAUGGAGUUAUCACGCUGAUGUCAAUUUAGCGCUAGAACCUGACGAUUUGAAGGGUGCCUGGAGAUCUAUUUUGGCUUGUGGCAAAGCAAUCGAACGACAGCUAAAUAGUGAGAGUCUUGGUGAUAAAAAGCCAUUGCUCUGUACUUUGUUAACGUUUGUCAAUAAUGCAUUUGCUCUUCCUACUCCGGAAUCUUGUUUCGGUACACAYCAUGUUAUGAUUGAAGAAGUUUCCAAUACAAUGAUUUCCAUUUUGAAUCAUGUGAAGGAAGCCCAAAACAUUCACGCCGAAAUUAGAGAUAAAAUUUUUGAGGAGUCUAAAACUGGAAUCGAUAGCGAUGAUCUUCUCAAGUUUCUGGACACAAAAUAUAGUACUCUACCAAUUCGGUUGAGAGAAAUCGACAAUUUGUAUAAGUUUCGAGAGAUUGUAGUCAAAUGGGAAACCCGUCUUGUCCGAAUGCUCUCUGUAGACGAAGAAGAACUACUAGAAACUAAACAAAUGAAGAAUUACUUGAGAAUUGCGGAAGAAAUGGAAGAAGAAGCCAGGGCYCACGGCUAUAGAUCGAAGUCGUUGGCUCAACUCARCGCUCGACUCAAUAAAGCAUAUGAUCUGAGGAAUCGUAUUGUAGGAUGGGAAGACGCAUGGAGACAAGGAAAGAGGUCUACGAUCAAGACUGUCGCUGCGUUUGUUAAAGAGGCGAAGCGCAUCAAGCUAUAUUCUCCCGAAGUAUUGAAGAUCUUUGAAUUUUAUCGUGUUGCCGAAGAAUGGAUUGAUAGAGCAAACAUAGCCAUACGAUCCAAAAUAUCUCUGGACGAGAUGAAGAACUUAAUAUACCGAGGAGAAGAGAUGCCGAUAGAUUUAUCUGAUCACAUUGAUAAACUGAAGACGAAACUGCGUAUCGCUCAGAAGUGGCUAGAGGGACUCGAUGAGAUUGUACCAUGCAAAAAAAAUAACGAAGGRAAAAUAUUGGAAACGUGGGAAAACUUGCAAACUUCUCUGCAAAACGGGAAUCACAGUCGAUUAUCUGAACUAUCGUCGGAAGGAAAUAGGAUACCUGUUGAUAUAAUUGAUGUGAAAUUACUUCAACUUGCAAUCGAUGCAAGAAACUGGACUGUCAAAGCACAGAAAUGGACUCCCAACAAUACCGACAGCAAAAGAGGGAAAUUGUGUGAUUUACGGGAACAUCUAGAAAAGAUCAACUGUUUGCGUGGUAAAUUACCAUUACAAGAAAUUGAGAGAAAGAAUUGGAAACCUGCCGGGGAAUACGAACUAACAGCCAUUAUUACCGAUGCUGAUUCUUGGUUGGAGAAGGUACGGCGCCUAUAAAUUACCUUUGUAAGGACUCUCGUCUUUUUUCGAUCUAACGCUCUUUUCAUUUAUUCUUUGACAAACGUUUAGUACAAACACUUUUUAAGCAAUGACAAUCGCAAAAACGAUGUGCGGAGGUGUCUUUCAAUGGCGAAACUCAGGUCUAUUGUUCAAGAGGGAAAUUCGAUUUACGCCAACAUGGGAAACUCGAUCUCAAAAAUCUCACGUAUAUUGGUGAAUGCAGAAAAUUGGUAUGAAACGAAUCUCCCGAUUCUGAAAUGCUGCAGAAUUGCUCCAGACUCUGAUAGAGUGGAUCAUUUGCGGAAACCGGUUGUUGGGAUUCAUGAAAUGGCUGAAGCAGCCGAAGCAGCUAAAUUAGAUGUUUCGCUUGAGUUGGACGAAACCGUGAAGCUAAGAGAGCUUUUAGAAAGGUCGAACACCUGGAACGAUAGAGUUGCUUUGAUCGCUCCAAAACGGAAUAAACGUCACGGCAGAGGAGGUAGACCAAAAUUUACACUGAAAAAUUUAAUUGAUUUGAUUGAGGAGUCGUCAAGUCUACCGAUAGAUACAGAUGAGAAUGUGAAUCGUUUACAAAAUCAGUUGGAUUCUGUCGAAACUUGGAGAGCAGAGGCAUCGAAGCAGCUAGAGGAAAUUGUUUUUGGGUUUCAUGACCUGAAAUCUCAUGUUGAUGAUGUCUAUGGUGAGGCAGAAGACUACAGCAUYGAUAGAAUAUCAGAAACAGGUGACGCCGAUUUCGAGAGCAAGAAUGAUCACCCUGAGAAGUUGUCACRCGAAAGCGUAGACAUGGAUAAAAAGAAGAAUGAUGAUAAAUCGAACGUAAUCGCGACGGAGAGUAAGUCACCCGCCAUGGCGUCAAAGCAUAUCAUAGAUUCAGAUGAAGAAAUUUCAAAAUCUGUKCGGGGGUCGAAUUCCACUUUAAGGGUUCUUAGACUGAUCAAAGAACUAAACGACGAAGCAAAAGGUAUUAGCGUGAUCACAAUAGAAGGGGAAUUAGGGGAACUAAUGGACUCCGUGUCCAAAUGGUGUACUAAGUCUUUUAAAUACUUGAAUACACCACGAGAAGUAUUCGACAAAAGAUAUUUCGGCGCAUUUGAUAGAUUCAUCGUUGAAGGUCAAGAUCUGUACAAUAUGUCAUCGAACAACAAAAUAAGUUCUACCGAUACCCUCUCGAAUACACUCGAUGUCCGUCUGAACAAAGCAUGGGGGUCCGUUAUAAACGAUCAGCUUCGCAGGCUCAUGAUCUUGAAAACUGAGAGAGAAAAGUUUGAAGCUUGGUGUCAACGUGCAAGCCAGAUUCUUGCCGACGAAAAAAAGUUGACCGCGGAAAAACUGGCUGAGCUUGCUAAAGACAGUAGGAAUUUUCCAGCAAGUAAGUAAUUKAUUUGCGUUGACCAUGAUAUUUGCUUGUCACAACCAAGUUCUUACAUUUUGAUUCUCUCUAUUGAUAGAUCGGGAUCUUGUGAGCAAGAUUCGGGGACUGUCUGUCAAGUUUUCGAAAUGGACUAAAAAGACGAAAGGAAUAUUAGAAUCCAAUGAAAAAAUAAAUUUCCAUGACGCAAAGAGUCUUAUUGAGGCGGGAGAAAAGUUUCAAGUGCAAAGUGCAGAGCUCAAAAAGUUGAAAGGAGAAAUUAGAGCCGCUCGUAAAUGGAGUAGUAAAGCAAAGGAAUGCAAUCUUGAUCAAGGUUCCAUCCAUGUCAAUGAUGUAAAACAGCUGAUUGAUGAACACGAUUGUCUCUUAAUUGAAAUGCCCGAUGAAUUGGACAUUUUGAAGCAAGCUACUGUAGGGUAUUGUAUCUGCAGACGGCCGUACGAUGGAUUUAUGAUUGGCUGCGAUCACUGCGAAGUAAGUGUUUACAUUUCAUUCAUAAAUUCAUUCAUUUUUUGUUCAAAUUUUAUUGAAAGAUGAGAUCACUAACUCUAUUUUCGAUAAAUCUACAGGAAUGGUAUCAUGGUCCUUGUAUUGGCAUCAGUGAAUCAAAAGCGGAUAGAUUUGAAAAGUUUACAUGCAUCCGAUGCUCUACGAAAAAAAUGUUUCAUGCAAGUGCCAACACUGCGGUGGGGAUUGUUAGAAAGGUGAGUUUUCUUCACGACUUCAAAUCUUUAGGAGAACAUAUCUCACAUUCAACUUACAAUGUUUUAGUGGACAUGCCAUAAGGCAUUGAAGAAAGCACGGCAAGUCGAAUUUCAGAAAUUGCAGCGAAAAGACCGGAAAGAGAGGAAAGAGAUAGCAAAAUUAACCAAUAGCAUCAGGCAGUUAGAGGAACAGUUGUCACAAGCAAUAUGUACCGACCAAGCCGACAUGCAGUGCAGUAACCAAACAAAACUUGAGAAAAGAGUCGAUGAAGGUGUCAUAAUUGCCAAUAAUCAUGAUAAGAACGAAAAAGAAAAUCUAGGCGAACAGGUGAAAGGCCCAUCCGAAGAUGUUAUUUCCUUAAAAAUUGGCGAUUCAGAAUACACCCUUCAUGAUGAAAAUCCAAUGACUUCAAAUGAAACUUCAAAAAGGUUAUCUUGUCGUGGUGGGCAAACAUCUCAUUUACUGGAAAAAGAUAAGGGGAACAUGACUGAGGCUACAUGCCUUUCGGAAGGUGUCAUUUCCAAAGCAAAGAUCAAUGAGACUUCGAUUCCUGUGCCAAAAGAUGGUAAGAAUUUUUUUUUAUUUUGUUGUUCAUUAACUUUGAAAUAACUCAUAAAUUGUUUUGCUUUUGCUCGAAUGAAGACGAGAUCAUGUUGAAAAUCAAGAAGCUAAGAACUUCUCUAACCCAGUCCAGGAUAAGAUUGCAGAAAGUUACUUCUCAAUCACAGGAGAGGUCGCGUGUCGAAGCCAAGGAGGAUCAGCAUUCCAAUGCUCUUCGGGACUGGUGCCUUAAAAUUCGAUCUGAGGUGCUUGCACCUUCUACUGAGUCUCAAUCAAAACGAAACCAGCCACAAGCUAGCGGAAUCAUGCCACCCAUAAUGCCUCAAAUCAUUGGCGAAGCAAGAGAUUUGGGGGUAUCAGAUCUUCCAGAUGUAAAAAGGAUGAUAGAUUGCUUCAAAAGCCUUUGCUGGAGUUUCUCAGCGAUGACUAUACUACGUCACAAGCCAUCAAUUUCAGAUUUUCAACAUCUGAUUGCCGAGGCAUCUAAAUUCAAGAUGCCUGACGAAAAGGCUUUAAAGACCAUCAAGUUCAUGACAAACAAAGCCUCCCAGUGGCAAUCUAAAGUUCACAAGGCCAUCUCUCCAAAAAUGGGUGAAAAGAAAUCAUUCAAUGUGUCAAUAUUGAAAGGGCUCAAAUGCAAAAUUCAAGAGCUGCCUUUGGUAAUUCCAGAAGAAAGAAUGCUGCAAUUGGUGAUUGAGGAUGAUGGUGCUCGCCAUUGUGUAUGCGGGGGCGGACGUGAUGGAAAAGGAAUGMUUGAAUGCCUUGCUUGUCAUCAAAAUAUUCAUCUGGCCUGUGCAAUCAAGCAAAAAUCUAGUUUAGAAGGAAAAGAAAGAUGGCUGUGUCCUUGCUGCGGAACGCUCAAUAUUUCUGAAAUAAARCUUCAAGUUGGACAUGAUGCAACUGGCCUUGGAACCUCCGAGGUGCAAAAUGCGAAGUCCAAAGGUGAAGAAGCAUCACCUCACGCCCCAGAUCCAACCCAAUUGUGGCCUCCUUUUGGUCUAAAAAACUCACAAUCUGCUAUAGAAGCAUUUGGUUCCCAUUGCUUAGCAAUUCCUGACAUACACAAGUCAGAAUUAUACAGGGAUGCUAAAGUAAGGAUUCCUGCCGCAACAAGUUCUAUUGCACUCUUACAGAAAGCGGAUACAUCCACGAAAGUUUUUGGGAAAGACCAGACCUCAACAUCAGAUAUUCAAUCUAGUCUCUUCACCACUAUCGAGAACGUGCCACUUGAGACGAACUCAAAAGAAAUAGCAGCGAAGUCCUGUAAAGAAUCUUGCACAUCAGAUAAAACCAAGGAUGACCUGAUGGGACUCCAARUCAAGCCAAUGAAAAGUCCGUCAAACUUCAUUGAGACUAACCAAUCAAAAAUUGGGAUCAAUUCYAAUUUGAUCCUUCCACCUUUGCAGUCAAAUGGUCUAAACAGCAGAGUGGUCACCAAUGUUUCCAAUCUGUGUAAUGCUGUGGCAAAUCCUUCGAGUUUAUCAAGCACUCCUGAUAAUCCCUCUAGUACUCCUUGCUGUGCCAGUCAGUCAGAAAAAAAAUGGACUGACAAUGCGAAAAAUCCAAACAACACCACAUAACUUAGAGGUACGAGCAAAAUAUUCCGAAGGUAUAAUUAAUUCUUUACUUCGCA